UUCGAAUGUGCGAAGGUGAUUAUUAGGAGCGACUGAUGCUUACAACGUGCAGUGAUUAAUUGUUUUGAUUUUCUCUCUGUUCGCUCGGAAAGUAAAGGAUUCGAGUUGUAAAGGUGCAACUGUAUUUUCGCUGAACGUUGCUGCAGCGAACGUGGCGCGAAAAUGAACGUCGAUUCGAACGACUCAAGCGCGAGUGAUCGACACGCGUGACACGGAAUGAUAUCGACGUCGAUGGAAAGAGAAGAUACGAGGAUAAAAGUGCGAACGAACGAUCCGUGGCGAAUCAACGAACGCCGGAACAGUGAGAUCGGCGUGAAAACGUCAGUCACGAUCGUCCUGGACCGAAGACUAGUUUAAGAAUUUCGCUUUCCCGUUGAUAUAUGAUUCGCGAGUGCGUGAAUGGUUGCCUUUGUUUCAACGAUAUCUCGAAUUGCGGAUAUUCUCGUGAAUCAUGGCCGUUCGAAUGCACCGAUAUUUUUUAAUGUUUCGACGUCUCCUCCUUGUCUUGUUGGUUCUGUGGAAUCUGGACGCCGCGCACACCGCCCGUGGAUUUAGACACAGCAUCAAGCACGGUUCGUCUGGACUGUAUGGCGGGAGCAAAAGCUCGAAGAAUAGUGGCCUCUUUCCAUCGACUUUUAACGUCGCCGCAAAGGCAAAUGUUUAUGUGAACGCAACCUGCGGUGAAGAGGGACCAGAGACAUUUUGCAAACCCUCCGAAUCAUCAAGAUGCGCGGUUUGCGACGCGAGGAGUCCCGAUCCCGGCAAAAGGCAUAAUAUUACCAACAUCCUGGACUCGAAUCCUGGAAGGUGGUGGCAGAGUCCCACGCUUGCAAGAGGGGACCAAUUCGAGUAUAUAACUAUAGUUUUGGAUCUUAAACAGGUGUAUCAGGUGGAAUACGUGAUAGUGAAAGCAGCGAAUUCACCACGACCGGCAGCUUGGAUUUUGGAGAGAUCCCUCGACGGUGAACACUUUCAACCAUGGCAGUAUUACGCGCCGAGCGACGAAGAAUGUUGGUCGCGGUAUUCCGCGCCGCCAGUUUCCGGAAAACCCGUUUACAUCGGUGACGACGAAGUCAUAUGCACCAGCCUUUACUCCAGACAAACGCCUAUGGAAAACGGAGAGAUCCAUACUCAUCUGGUGAACGGCAGACCUGGUGCCCUGAAUCACAGCACGACCCUUCAAGAAUUCACUAAAGCUAAAUACGUGCGGCUACGACUUCAGGGUCUUCGACGUAACGGGGAAGCGAUCGUGGACAAGAAACGAGCAUUUUACUCGAUAAAGGAAAUUAAUAUCGGUGGAAGAUGCUUGUGUUCCGGACACGCGGCUCGAUGUCGGUACAGCGUUCAUCACGGGGAGCACACAGCUGGUAUUAAUUGCGAUAAGUGUCAAGAUGGAUAUUACAGGCCAAACGGUGUUGCCCCUGAUGCACCUGAACCAUGUUUACCGUGCAACUGCAACGUACAUGGUAGCACAGGGUACUGCACUCCCGAUGACUCCUUCACGCACAUGGGAAAGGUAGCAGGUGCGUGCGAUUGCAAACCUGGCUAUUCCGGCUACAAAUGCGACCAGUGCGCUGCUGGUUAUCGUCAGUUCCCCGACUGUAUGCCCUGCCCGUGCGAUUCCCGUGGGAUCCUUCCAUCUCACGACUGCGAAGGGGACUGCCUCUGCAAGGCGAACGUCGCGGGCGAAUUCUGCGACAAAUGCAAGCCGGGAUACUUCGGCCUGACUAAAGAGAAUCUCGACGGUUGCGUUCCGUGUUACUGUUUCGGAGUCAGCGACCGUUGCAGCGUAGCGAAACUGAGUUAUUCCGCGGUGUCGUCUUUGGAAAAUUGGCUAGUCACCGACAUGAAUGCAUCCCGUGCCAUUGUCCCCGUUUUGGACACGGAUAAUGGUUGGCUGACGGUGGCAGCCUUUGAGGUCGAGUACGAUAGUCCUUUCUGGUUGGCCCCGCCAAUUUAUUGCGGCAAUCGUCUCUCGUCUUACGGCAGCAAUAUUACUUACUCUGUCACCUGGGUCGUUAUGCGCGGCGACACCAGUGGAAAUCCAACCGCAGGACCCAACCUUAUUCUAGUUGGUAAUAACGGCAUGCGGAUAGCUUACGGCGAGGAACAAUAUAAUGGCCAGGAAGCGGAGAUCAGCGUUCCUCUGCGCGAAAACGGCUGGUAUCACGUACGCAGCGAGGUUCAAGAUAUUCCUACCAAACUAAGGAGAACCGAAUUUCGAGGAGAUCCUGUUACGAGGGUACAAAUGCUGCGAGUUCUUGCGGAUUUGAAGUAUCUAAUGAUAAGGGCGCAGUAUCACUCUGUCCAGAUCGAAGGAAGUCUCCAGUUUGCAGUGCUGUCGACAGGAGCAGUCUCAGUUAACGGAGAGAACAAUAGCUUAGUCGAGUUGUGCGAGUGUCCCGAAGGAUACACAGGACUCUCCUGCGAGGAUUGCGAGUGGGGAUACGUGAAAGUGUUAAAGAACGGGACGGAUCAUCGGGACCAACACAUGUGCGUCAAGUGCGAUUGCAAUGGACAUGCAAAUACUUGUGAUCUCGUGUUGGGAGAAUGUACGACUUGCGAGCACGAUACCGUGGGGCCUAAAUGUGACCGUUGUGCUCUCGGUUUCUAUGGUAUUGCCCUCAGGGGUACACCGAACGAUUGCAAGAGAUGCGCCUGUCCACUUUUAAACGAGUCGAAUAACUUCAGUCCAAACUGCCAGCUCGACGAUCCUACUGAUAUCGAUAGUGGAUACGUUUGCACACAGUGCCCGAAAGGAUACACCGGCGACCAUUGUGAGAGCUGCGACAUAGGAUUUUUUGGAAAUCCUUUGAUCCCUGGUGACACUUGCGAGCCGUGCCUUUGCGGCGGAGGUCCUUGCGAUCAGGAAACAGGACGCUGCCUGGAGUGCCGUGGCAAUACAGAGGGCUGGAAAUGCGACAAAUGCAAGCAAGCUCAUUACGGAAAUGCGUUGGAACAGAACUGCUUACCUUGCGACUGCGACCCCCUCGGCAGCAAUUCCGUCGAAUGCGACGAGAGCGGCGGUCAGUGUCCCUGCAAGCCUUUGUUCGAGGGUCGUGACUGUUCCUCCUGUAUCGAAGGUUACGGGAACGUGACUGCAGGUUGCCGGGAAUGCGACUGCGACGUGGGUGCCCUCGACGAGGUCUGCGAUCCCGUAACCGGUGAAUGCAGGUGCGCGGACGGCGUCCUUGGCUUCCGGUGCGAUCGUUGCGACGUCGACCAUUACGGCUUGUCCGUGGGAGGCUGCAAAGAGGUUGCAGGUUCGGAGCAACAAAGUCCAAUCUGGAAGCCUAGAAAUUCAGAGUGUUUGUAA